ACCCUGACCAACCACAGACCACAGACUGACUGAGGAGUUUCCCCACCCACCAGGUGCUCCCUGCCCAGCCAACAGCAGACCUACCGGCCCGCCUUUCGCCUGACACCUACUCGCCGACAGACAUAGCCCCGCCCGCCAUGGCCCGGCUCCUGAUGGUCACCUUCGGUUGCAUCAGCCUGCUCUACCUGCUGCUCCCAGGCACGCUGUCCCGCAGCCUGGGCCGGAGCCAGCAGCCUGCCCCACCCAGGGAGCCCCCAGCCAGGACCCUUUCCAGUGGCCUGAAGCCUCAACACCCUACACCUCGGCGUGUGGUCUGGAAGCUACACCAGGCCCUCCAGCCACAGAGGAGUGCCAGCCGAGCCCCCGCUACGGGUCGGCCUCUCCGGGAUGGCCUCCACCGGCACUUGGGUCCCCGCAGGUCCCGAGCCCAGCUCCUGCGGGUGGGCUGUGUGCUGGGCACCUGCCAGGUGCAGAACCUCAGCCACCGCCUCUGGCAGCUGGUUGGGUCAGCUGGCCCACGGGACUCAGCCCCCAUGGACCCCAGCAGCCCCCACAGCUAUGGUUGACACGGAGCUGGCCAUACCCAUGCCUGGCCCAGCCGGGAUGCUGCGCCUCAAUCCCAGAGCUGCAUCUGGGCCCCCAGUCCCCACCCAGCCCCCUGGACCUCCUGCACACCUCAGUAACCAGUGUGCAGGCCCUGGAGGCAACUCCCAGCCCACCCCACCCCCACCAGAUUCUGUAGCAAGCAACCUUAAAUAGCUUUGGACGCGGAAACCCCAUGCACAUGUAUAGACCCAAGGAGAUCUGCAGGCAGAGUCUGUACCCCUGAAAAGGGUUUCAGAGGGGCAGGGUCUGCCCAAGGAUGUGGAGCAGAAGCCAGGGUCCUGAAUACCCAGGGCCAUGCUGGGCAAGCACCAGUUGGCCCAGCAUGACCCCGUCCCCCCCAUCCCCCACCCCCCCCAGUCCUGACAGCAUCAGAUUCAACCCUGGCUUUGGGCAUGCACACUUUGCCUGUCCCAGGUCCCUAGCCUUUCCACUCCCUGUGCCCUUGAGACUGGGAGGGAAGCAGGCAGGAGGGCCCCACUGUGGUCCCCGUCCCCAGGGCCAGGGUAAAGGGAGGACAGGCCUGCUGGGAGCUGUGUUCUCUGGAGCCUAGGUGAAAAUGGAGACCCCUCCCUGGAUCUCUAGCCAGGUAGCUGGGGAGACUGGGAGAGGGCGUAGAGGUUCUGGAGGCACACUGGGGCAUUUGGGGGCAGGACAGCCCAGAGCAGAGCGCCCCUUCCCAUCCCUCAGGGCAGGGUGGGGCUGGGUGGGGGCAAGAUCUCCCAGCCCAAAUAGGUCAAUGAGGUCAGAACCGUCACCACUUCGGGUGGGGUGGGAGGGCCAGACAAGGGUAGGGGGCGCUGCAGGCAACAGAGUCUCCCUGACCCCACCCUGCCCAGCUUGGGGACGCACUGGGGGCAGGCACGGGGACAGCAGGAGGCUGGAGCAGGUGUGUCGAGAAUUUGGGGAGGUAGAUUGCCCUUUAAAGGUUAGAACAGGAUCUCUGGCCUGUUUUGGUGUAUAUCACCCCAGGUCGGGCCUUUGCGUGUUGUGAUCCCUGAGCCUUUGCUAGUCCCUCAUCACUGACGCCCCCACGUCAUAUGGGCAUGACCCAGUGUUCAGAAAGGUGGCUUCUUUUUCUUUCUUUCUAGAUUUUUAAUUUAUUUAUUUGAGAGAGAGAAUACAGAGGGAGAGGGAGAGGGAGAAGCAGGCUUCCCACUGAGCAGGGAGCCGACAUGGGGCUCGAUCCCAGGACCCUGAGAUCAUGACCUGAGCAGCAGGCAGAUGCUUAACCAUCAGAGUCCCCCAGGCGCCCCAAGAGAAAGGUGGUUUCUAGUACUCGGCAAACACUCGUAACAGCACUUAAUCUGUCAACACAUGUCGGUCACCCUGUGAGGAGAGCGCUAUUGUUCUCCCACCUCUAGAAGCAGAAACCACAGCCACAGAGGUCAGGGGUGCUCUGGGUUGCUGGCAGGCCUGCCCCUCAGAGACCCUGGGCCUCCGAAGGGUGGGAGGCUCCUGGAAACGCCCAUCUGGGCUCCUACCCUCGUACUUGCUCUUCUGGCUUGGGAAUCACCUGGCCAGGUAAGGCAUCUUCCCUCCAUUAGGCCCUGUGAGGACAGUUCCGGCAGGUUCCUGCCCUGCAGUGAGGGUGGUCCGUGUUGUGUGGGAAGCAGAGCAAGGCAGGCAGGAAAGGCUGCCUGGAGGAAGCGUAGGUCUGAGGAUUGCAAGGGUCGCAGGGGGAAGGAGCUGAGAGUGCCAAGGCCCCAAGGCCACAGGAGGAGUGGGUGUGGCUGGGGACCACCCCCCACCAAAGCACCUAAGAGGGGCUGGAACCAGCGUGAGUGAGUGAUUGAGGGCAGGCGAGGCCGGUGGGCCGGCCCUCAGAGCCACCGAAGGGUGUCAACAGGGCAGGCAGGGAGAGCGGGCAGUGAGGGCCUGGCGAGGGGGCUGGGGAGAGAGGGGGACGAGGGGUCUAGGAGGUCAAAGCUGGACAGUCAGGAGGGCCACGUGGCCGAGACCCCCCCAGGCUCCAGUCCUGGGCCUGUGUGUGGUCCGGGCUUCCGCACAGGAUGUUCUUUCUGCUGGGGACACCCCCCACACUGUCCCGUCCUCAUUGGUCAGAGCUGCCAGACCCCCAGGAUCCCAUGCCCCGUACCCUUGCUGGGCCAUUCCAAAGUGCAGGGUAGAUUUUCCUCAAAGCAGGUUGGACGGCUGACCUCAAGGCAUCCCUGUGCCGUGACAUGUGGCGUCUACCCGGCCCCUGAGCUCCAGGCCACGCCGGGGCCACCUACCUGAUGCCCCGCUUGGACUUUCAGUGGCAGCACCCGAGCUCCCCCAGAGCGCCCACCAGCCGCGUCUUCCUCAGACAAAUGCUGUGGGCUGGUCAUUUUCUCCUUUUUCUGUCCAAGCCACCACCUGCUUUUGGGUGACGGCUCCAGUCACCUCCCUGGAGCCCCCUCCAUCCCUUCAGCAUUGUUUGUUGAGCAUUUGAGAAACAUUAGCGAUUACCCCCCACCUGACAUCCUAGUGGGAGGAGGCAGAAGCUCAAAGGUAAAAUAAGCAAAUGACACCGCAUGUGUCAAGCACUGGGAGAGUCCUGAAGGCAGGUUGCACUUCACUAUUUUAUUUUAUUUUAUUUUUUAAGAUUUUAUUUAUUUAUUUGACAGAGAGACAGCGAGAGAGGGAACACAAGCAGAGGGAGU